CGGGGCUGGGACGCCCGGGGGAUGACGGGAAGGGAGGCCGGGCCGGGCGCCGGCGAGCCCGCGGUUCGGAGCCGGACGGAGGCGUGGCGCGGGCAGCGCGGGCAGGGGCAGGCGGCGGGCCGGCGCGGAGGCUGCGGACCGGGAUGCAAGCGCGACCCCGCCGGCCGCAGCACCCGGAGCCCCGCUGAAGCGGCCACGGAGAGCCCGCGCGGGAGCCGAGAUGUGUCUGCGCCCGGGUGGCCUGAGUGUGGAGGACUUCCGGAGGGUGCUGAUGAAGACAGGGCUGGUGCUGGUGGUGCUGGGUCACGUGAGCUUCAUCGCAGCCGCUCUCCUCCAUGGCACCGUGCUGCGCUACGUGGCUGGCCCGCACGACGCUGUGGCCCUGCAGUACUGCGUGGUCAACAUCCUGUCUGUCACGUCUGCCAUUGUGGUCAUCGUCUCAGGCAUUGCAGCCAUCGUGCUGUCCCGCUACCUGCCCAGUGUCCCCCUGCGCUGGACAGUGUUUAGCUCGAGCAUGGCCUGUGCCCUUCUGUCUCUGACCUGUGCUCUGGGCCUCUUGGCCUCGAUCGCCGUGACCUUUGCCACCCAGGGCCGGGCACUGCUGGCCGCCUGCACUUUUGGAAGCCCCGAAGUGCUGGUACUGGUGCCCGACUGUCCCUUCGACCCCACACGCAUUUACAGCUCCAGCCUGUGCCUCUGGGGCAUCUCGCUAGUGUUCUGCAUGGCCGAGAGUGUGUUUGCUGUGCGCUGCGCCCAGCUCACCCACCAGCUGCUGGAACUGAGGCCCUGGUGGGGGAAAAGCAGCCACAACGUGAUGCAGGAGAGCCCAGAGCCUGUGGAGGGCCAUGACCUGCUGAGCUGCACCAGCUCUGAGCCGCUGACCCUCUGACAGCUGAUGCCCCAUCCAGGCCCCAUGACCACUAGGGCCCCACAACCCAGUCUGCGCUGUGAC